AUGGAAUUUGGUUUGGACAUCCCUUAUCAUAGAAUUUGGUGGGGAAAAGAGCUAGCUCAACGUGAGUUGUAUGGUGAUACUAAAUUUUCAUAUGACCAACUCCGAUGGUAUAAGGAUAAAGUUAUAGAAACUAAUCCGGGAUCAAUUGUUCACCUAGAGCAUGAGGAUGGAAGAUUUACACGAGUAUUUGUGUCUUAUUAUGCUUGUUGGAAAGGGUUUAUGGAGGGAUGUAGACCAAUAUUGUUCUUGGAUGGUACACAUCUUUUUGAUAGGUAUAAAGGAACCUUACUUGCCGCAACUGCUCUAAAUGGAGAUGGUGGUAUGUUUCCCGUAGCAAUUUGCAUAUGCGGGACGGAAAAUGAGAGUAAUUGGGAAUGGUUUUUGGAAUGCAUUCGGGACAUCCUCUUCAAUGAUGAAGAUCCAUAUACUCCAGAUGAUGAACUGGUGUUAAUCUCUGAUAGGGACAAAGGACUUCAGAAUUCCGUGAAGAAAUGCUUUCCAUGGUCACAUCACUCUUAUUGUAUUCGUCAUCUCUUGGCUAAUUUUAAGAAUAACUUAUCGAAAAAAGGCAUUACACCACCUUUACGAGAUGAAUGUGUGCAAAUUAUGAAGAGGGCCGCUUAUGCAUACACUUCUCGUUCCUAUAACAAUGAAUGUAACGAGCUACGGCAUAAAUCAGAGAUCGCCUAUUGUGAAAUGUUGAGGAUGAGUCCAGAAAAUUGGGCUAAUUGUUAUUUUCCUGGGAAGAGAUAUGGAUGGUUGACAUCAAACGUAGCGGAGUCAUUCAAUGCUUGGAUCAAAGAAGCUCGUUAUUUGCCAAUUACCCAAACAAUUGAUAACAUUCGCAAGAAAAUGAUGAGGAUGAGUUUUGAAAGGCGGGAGGCAUCCCACAAGUGGACCACAACAUUUGUUCCCACUGUGGAAGAGCACCUUAUUCAGAUUAAUGAGCAAUCACGUUGUCUUUCUGCAAUUCCUUCUACUACCGGAAGGUACGAGGUGUAUGAUUUGCCCACCGUUGAAGUAGAUUUGAAUGAACGCACAUGCACUUGUCAUGAAUGGCAAGUAGUCGGGCUACCUUGCAAACAUGCGGCGACGGUUAUUCGGCAGAAUAUGGACACCCUUUACUCCUAUAUUUCCCACUACUUUAGUGUGGAGACAUACCGUAAAUGCUACUCCUUUCCGAUAUACCCAAUUCCUGAUGAUGACAAGCCAUAUAUAGAUGACGAAAAUAUGGUGAUUCGGCAGAAUAUGGACACCCUUUACUCCUAUAUUUCCCACUACUUUAGUGUGGAGACAUACCGUAAAUGCUACUCCUUUCCGAUAUCCCCAAUUCCUGAUGAUGACAAGCCAUAUAUAGAUGACGAAAAUAUGGUGAUUCGGCCACCGAAAACUUCAAUUCUUCGUGGAAGACCAAGGACGAAGCGCAUUCCUUCGGGAUUGAAUCCGGGCAAAGAGUUAAGAUGUAGUAGAUGUCAACAAUAUGGGCACAACCGUAGAACAUGUAGACAGCCUAUUGCAGACUAG